AUGAUGUCUUACCUCAAACAACCCCCAUACGGCAUGAACGGGCUGGGCCUAGCUGGCCCAGCCAUGGACCUUCUGCACCCCUCUGUGGGCUACCCUGCCACUCCGCGGAAGCAGCGACGGGAACGCACCACCUUCACGCGCUCACAACUGGACGUGCUGGAGGCGCUUUUCGCCAAGACUCGCUACCCAGACAUCUUCAUGCGGGAGGAGGUGGCGCUCAAGAUCAACCUGCCUGAGUCCAGAGUCCAGGUUUGGUUCAAGAACCGCCGCGCCAAGUGCCGCCAGCAGCAGCAGAGCGGGAACGGAACGAAAAGCCGGCCGGUCAAGAAGAAGUCAUCUCCAGUGCGGGAGAGCUCGGGCUCGGAGAGCAGCGGCCAGUUCACGCCGCCUGCGGUGUCUAGCUCUGCCUCCUCGUCUAGUUCAGUGUCCAGUGCCUCCGCCAAUCCGGCGGCUGCUGCGGCCGCGGGCCUGGGUGGGAACCCGGUGGCAGCCGUGUCCUCUCUGAGUACGCCUACCGCUUCGUCCAUCUGGAGCCCGGCCUCCAUCUCUCCAGGCUCAGCGCCGGCAUCCGUGUCCGUACCAGAGCCACUGGGCGCGCCAAGCAACGCUUCGUGUAUGCAGCGCUCGGUAGCCGCAGGUGCUGCCACUGCAGCGGCCUCCUACCCCAUGUCCUAUGGCCAGGGCGGAAGCUACGGCCAGGGCUACCCCGCGCCCUCCUCUUCUUACUUUGGCGGCGUAGACUGCAGCUCCUACCUAGCGCCCAUGCAUUCUCAUCACCACCCGCACCAGCUGAGCCCCAUGGCACCCUCCUCCAUGGCUGGUCACCACCACCACCACCCGCACGCACACCACCCACUGAGUCAAUCUUCAGGUCACCACCACCACCAUCACCACCACCACCACCAUCAAGGUUACGGAGGCUCUGGGCUCGCCUUCAACUCUGCCGACUGCUUGGAUUACAAGGAGCCUGCCGCUGCCGCUGCCUCCUCUGCCUGGAAACUCAACUUCAACUCUCCCGACUGUCUGGACUAUAAGGAUCAAGCCUCGUGGCGGUUCCAGGUCUUGUGA